AUGACGCUCGAUAUCCUCAGCUUCAUCGACAACAAAGGCGGUAAUGCAGAAGAGAUCCGCGAGUCUCAGAGAAAACGCGGUCACUCCGUCGAGCUCGUCGAUGAGAUAGUCCAGAUGUAUGCGGAUUGGGUGAAGCUGGACUUUGAGACGAAUGCGUUGAGGAAAAAGGUGAAUGAGGUACAGAAGGAGAUAUCGGCUAAGAAAAAGGCAAAAGAACCCGCAGAUGACUUGGUAGCUGCGAAGAAAGAGAUCGACGCGCAGGUUGAGGCGAAGAAGAAGGAAGCAAAGGAGUUUGAGAUCAAGAUGCGUGCAAAGGCUUGUACGGUUGGGAACAUCGUUGGGAAGAACGCUCCCAUCUCUCUUACAGAGGACGAUAACACUACACUACGUACAUGGGACCCUCUAGGCGAGACUGACGACCCCGCACCAAGACCAGGAAUCCUUCCCCACCACGAAGUCCUCCUCAAACUCGACGCAAUGGAUCUCGAACGCGGAGCCAAAAUCGCCGGUCACAGGGGAUACUACCUCACCAACGACGGCGUCGACCUAAACCAAGCCCUCAUCUCCUACGGGCUCGACUUUCUCCGCAAACACGGCUACAAAAAGAUCCAACCCCCCUUCAUGAUGAACAAAGACCAAAUGGCAAAGACCGCGCAACUGGACCAGUUCGAUGAGGAGUUAUACAAAGUCAUCGGGUCGGACGACGAGAAAUACCUCAUCGCCACAUCCGAACAGCCCAUCUCGGGCUAUCACUCUGACGAAUGGUUCGAAAGUCCCGAUACGCAGCUCCCUAUCAAAUACGCGGGGUAUUCGACGUGUUUCCGUAAGGAGGCAGGGUCGGCUGGGAGGGAUAUGUGGGGUAUCUUUAGGGUGCACCAGUUUGAAAAGGUUGAGCAGUUUGUGAUUAGCGAUCCUGAGAAGAGCUGGGAGAUGUUGGAUGUGAUGAUUGGGAAUAGUGAGGCUUUUUAUCAGAGUCUUGGGUUGAGGUAUAGGGUUGUGGGUAUUGUGUCGGGUGCGUUGAAUUUGGCGGCUGCGCAGAAGUGUGAUUUGGAGGCGUGGUUCCCGUUUCAGAGGGCGUAUAAGGAGUUGGUAUCUUGUUCGAAUUGUACGGAUUAUCAGAGCAGGAGGUUGGAGAUUAGAUGUGGAUUGAAGAAUAAAGACCAGACGCGCAAGGUAUAUGUGCACAUGCUCAAUGGUACCCUCUGUGCAACAGAGCGUGCGCUUUGCUGUCUAGUCGAGAAUUACCAGACGCCAGAGGGCCUCGUUAUCCCCGAAGUCUUGCGACCAUACAUGCAAGGACGAGAUUUCAUUCCGUUUACCAGAGAGCUCCCCAAAGGAAUGCAGAAGAAACAAGCAUAG